AUGGGCGCCUCGAGGAUUGCGCGGCUGAGUUGGAUACUUCCACCCAGUGCUCUUGCUGUAUACUCUACGAGAGAACGCGGUCGACAUCCACAGCAGAACUACCCAUUUACCUCGACCGCAUGGGCUGAAUCCAACCCGAAAUUGAACGAAGAUUCGUCGCAGGAGGCAAAUUCAUCCGACAUUGAUAACCAACAAUCAGUCUGGUUCAAAAUCGUGCACAAGCUUGGCGAUGUCAAACAAAGUGUGGGGGUUGGCGCCUUGGGAGACCUGGGAGGCAACAUCACAGAGCUGAUUCUGCCCGACUGGACAAAGUAUCUUCCAGCUACGGCUCAGAAACUUCAACGAGAACUGUCAAUGGCGCCUGGCUCUCUUGCGGAUGAAAUUUGGAAGGAGGCCCAUGACCCUGACAUCAACCCAGAGAUUUUACAAGACGCUCACGUCCGCGUCAGUGCUGAGCUUUGCGAAGAGGAGCUUUCAUUCAGGAAGAAGCGUCAGCAACGUGUGCGAAAAGCAUUGGCUGAAUAUUUGGACAUAAAUGAGAAUGACAUCCAUCCAGAUGAUGUUCCGGUGAUAGCGAUGUGCGGCUCAGGUGGCGGUCUGCGAGCUCUCGUUGCCGGAACUGGAUCCUAUCUAGCUGCCCAGGAGGCCGGCCUGUGGGACUGUAUCACUUACACCGCUGGUGUUAGCGGGAGCUGUUGGUUACAGACCCUUUACCAUUCCUCACUUGCCCAGGGGAAUUUCCAUCGGCUUGUCGAUCAUCUAAAAAAUAGGCUGGGGGUCCAUCUCGCCUUUCCUCCCGCGGCCCUCGACUUGCUCACUACAGCGCCGACGAAUAAAUUCCUCCUCAGUGGCUUAGUUGAGAAGCUGAAAGCGGACCCCAAUGCGGAUUUUGGCUUGGUGGACAUUUACGGUAUGCUGUUGGCUGCACGGUUGCUCGUUCCCCGAGGGGAACUAGGCGUCUGUAAUAGGGAUCUCAAAAUUUCGAACCAGCGGGCCAACCUGUUGGAUGGUGCUCACCCAAUGCCCAUCUAUACUGCCGUGCGCCAUGAGAUUCCAAUUGAAAUCGAGAAUUUAUCAGACGAACAGCAGAAGGCUGCGGAAGAUAUGAUUAUGGAAUCCAACCAUGAAUCCUGGUUCCAGUGGUUCGAGUUCACUCCAUAUGAAUUCUUCUGCGAGGAACUCAACGCGGGCAUUCCAACCUGGGCGCUGGGACGCCAUUUCGACCGGGGCACUAAUGAGACCCCUCAGCAAAUGUAUCCGAUUCCUGAGCUUCGUGUCCCGAGUCUGAUGGGAAUUUGGGGAAGCGCGUUCUGCGCGACACUCUCUCACUACUACAAAGAAGUUCGGCCACUGGUGAAGGGACUUGCUGGAUUUAGUGGGAUCGACUCCCUCAUCCUGGGGAAGAACGAAGAUCUCAUUCGAGUACACCCGAUCGACCCCGCUGCCAUCCCCAACUAUGUCACGGGUAUGAAAGACCAACUGCCCGCCUCCUGCCCCAAGUCUAUCUUCGAGGACAGGCAUUUGCGUCUCAUGGAUGCUGGCAUGAGCAACAAUCUGCCUAUAUACCCGCUGAUUCGACCAGGCCGUGAUGUGGACAUCAUCGUCGCCUUUGAUGCUUCCGCCGAUAUCAAGCAAGAAAACUGGCUUUCUGUCGUGGAUGGCUACGCACGCCAACGCGGAAUCAAGGGUUGGCCAAUUGGCGCUGGCUGGCCUCCCAAUACCGAGCCCUUGGAACAGACGGAAAAGGUUCUCCGUGAACCUGAAGGUAUCACUGCGGAGCAAGCCGACCAAAAAGUUGCCCAGGCACAAGAGCAGGACAUUGUGUCGGACCAGAAUCAGAAGGCAAUAAGAGCUGGUGCGAAUCCGGAUACAGACCUCGGCUACUGUAACGUGUGGGUUGGCACGCAAGAGGAGCGAGUCGCCGGUGAUGAACCCCCUCCAUCGAAGCGCCUCUUCCACCCUGACAAUUCCGAAGAUCACUCUGAAUCAGAUUUCCACCUCAUGAGACCCGACGCCGGCGUUGCAGUCAUUUAUUUCCCUUUCCUUCCCAACCCUUCCGCUCCUGAUGUGGCCCCGCCUGCCAAAAAGGCCAGGCCUCUUCCCGCAGCACAAUCACUCCAACAGUCAAGGGACCUAUCCGAAUCCUCCGACAUGAAGCCACCGAAACCUUGCUCCAUCAAUCCGGACGUUGAUGACUUUCUGUCUACUUGGAAUUUCAUCUACACGCCCGAGCAAGUUGAUUCGGUCGUGGGACUCGCAAAAGCGAAUUUCGUCGAGGGUAAAGAUCAGGUUCGCCGGGUCGUUCGUGCGGUUUACGAGCGCAAGAAGAAGGAUCGCUUAGAUCGGGAAGCUCAGGAGUCACGCAAGCGCAUGGAAGGGUUUGUUGCGCUCUAA